UUUGAACAUUUUCGUUCAUCUGUAAUAGAGAAUCUGUAAAAUAUCUAGUGAGGACAGCGGUAUUCUAGAAUAAUCGGAAUCUUCUAUUAUCACGUUCUUGAGAUAAAAAUUGCAAGUAGUUUUGAAUGUCGUUUUUCAAGACGAGUAAGUGACCUAUUUUCAUCUACAUUUUCAAUUCAAGAACGGUAUUUUCAUUAAUGACGUGUCACAUCUUCCAUGUGUGUAAUAUGAACAGUUACCAAGUACAGUUACAAAAGUCCUCUGUUCAAUGACACCUUUUUCCAGAUUGUGUUCAGAUUGAAGUCCAAAAUGAAGUUGCAGCUGUGCUUAGGGGUGCUGUGCCUCCUAGUAGCAGUUUUUGCUAAGGAGGACAAGAAGGAAAAAGAUGAUGUGGGCACAGUUAUUGGUAUUGAUUUAGGAACAACAUAUUCAUGCGUGGGUGUAUACAAGAACGGGCGAGUGGAGAUAAUAGCAAACGACCAAGGUAACAGGAUCACCCCCUCGUACGUAGCGUUCACGGCGGACGGUGAACGUCUGAUCGGUGACGCAGCCAAGAAUCAGCUGACAACCAAUCCUGAAAACACCAUCUUCGACGCGAAGCGUCUGAUUGGUCGCGAAUUCAACGACGCUAACGUCCAGCAUGACAUCAAACUGUUCCCCUUCAAGGUCAUCGAGAAGAACAGCAAACCGCACAUCCAGGUGGAAACCAGUCAAGGCACCAAGGUGUUCGCCCCCGAGGAAAUCUCCGCUAUGGUCCUCGGCAAGAUGAAGGAGACUGCCGAAGCGUACCUGGGGAAGAAGGUUACCCACGCUGUUGUGACUGUGCCAGCUUACUUCAAUGAUGCUCAGAGACAGGCUACCAAGGAUGCAGGUAUCAUCGCCGGUUUGAACGUGAUGCGUAUCAUCAACGAGCCGACCGCAGCCGCCAUCGCGUACGGUUUGGACAAAAAGGAUGGCGAGAAGAACGUUUUGGUGUUCGAUUUGGGCGGUGGUACUUUCGAUGUAUCCCUUCUGACGAUCGAUAACGGCGUGUUCGAGGUAGUCGCCACCAAUGGAGAUACCCAUCUGGGAGGUGAGGACUUUGACCAGCGGGUCAUGGAUCACUUCAUCAAGCUGUACAAGAAGAAGAAGGGCAAGGAUAUCAGGAAGGAUAACAGAGCUGUACAGAAACUGAGGAGGGAAGUCGAAAAAGCAAAGAGAGCAUUGUCCGCCAGCCACCAAGUUAGGAUCGAGAUCGAAUCAUUCUUCGAUGGUGAGGACUUCUCAGAAACGUUGACCAGAGCCAAGUUCGAGGAGCUUAACAUGGACCUGUUCCGAUCCACGCUGAAACCCGUGCAGAAGGUACUCGAAGAUGCCGACAUGAACAAAAAAGACAUCGAUGAGAUCGUAUUGGUCGGUGGGUCCACGCGUAUCCCCAAGAUCCAGCAGUUGGUGAAAGACUUCUUCAGUGGCAAGGAACCUUCCCGGGGUAUCAACCCUGAUGAAGCUGUGGCGUAUGGAGCUGCCGUGCAAGCUGGAGUCCUGUCCGGAGAGCAAGAUACUGAUGCUAUUGUGCUGCUUGAUGUCAACCCACUGACCCUUGGUAUUGAAACUGUUGGAGGUGUGAUGACCAAGCUGAUCCCAAGAAACACCGUCAUCCCCACGAAAAAAUCCCAGAUCUUCUCCACCGCGUCUGACAAUCAGCACACAGUCACCAUCCAAGUAUACGAAGGCGAGAGACCCAUGACCAAGGACAAUCAUCUGCUCGGCAAGUUUGAUCUGACAGGAAUCCCACCAGCGCCCAGAGGAGUGCCCCAGAUCGAGGUUACGUUCGAAAUUGAUGCCAACGGUAUCCUGCAGGUGUCGGCUGAAGACAAAGGUACUGGCAACAGGGAAAAGAUCGUGAUCACCAACGACCAGAACCGCCUGACCCCCGAUGACAUUGACAGGAUGAUCAGGGAUGCCGAGAAGUUCGCCGACGAGGACAAGAAACUGAAAGAACGCGUCGAAGCGAGGAACGAACUCGAAAGCUACGCUUACUCUCUCAAGAACCAGCUCAGUGACAAGGACAAGCUUGGAGCCAAACUGUCAGAUGACGAAAAAACCAAGAUGGAGGAGGCGAUUGACGAGAAGAUUAAGUGGCUGGAAGACAACCAGGAUACGGAGGCGGAAGAGUACAAGAAACAGAAGAAGGAGCUGGAAGAUAUUGUGCAGCCCAUCAUUGCCAAACUGUACCAAGGUGAGUAGUCUCUCGAGUAUAUGAUUACAUUUUUUUUAUUAUAUUGAUUUCAAGCUACCAUAAGUGGCAUAGAUUUCAGUACGCGGCUGAUUCUGUAUAAAAAAAUCAUUCAGUAAUACAGAGAUGCUUCCUAUUGAUACAGGGUGAUCAAAAUAUAAUAAAGGACUUGACAACUUUCCUUUUAAUUAAAACGCAAACCAUUUGAGAUAUCUCGAAAAUUUUAUUAUUUCACGUUCACCGAAUUUUGAUUUCAAUAUGUCGAUUGUUUCACCCGCUGUGUGGCUUGUACCACUGUCUUGUUCAAACUACAUAUCGUUAAUGUCUAGCCCAUUCAAUUGACCAAAAAAGUAAGGUUGCAACAUGUCUCUGUAGCGAUCUCCUUUGACUGUGACGUGGCGGUCAUUUUCAACGAAGAAAACGACUCAAUGACAUCACCGGCAUGAAAACCACACCAUUCAGUUAUUUUUUGUGGAUGAAGUGGUGUCUCUUGGAGCACAAGAGAGUUUUCACCGGACCAAUAACGCAUAUUCUGCUUGUGGACGAAGCCGUUUAACCAAAAAGGCGCCUCAUCACUGAAGAUGAUUUUGCGAUCAAACGCAACGUUUCUAGAGCCCAAUUCGAGAACGUAAGUCGGUUCAUAUGAUCGAACGGCUUUAGUUGUUCUGUUCUUUUGCGACAGAAUCUUGAACGGCAGCAAUAUUCUCGGCCCUUCGACCAACCCGUUGUCUUAUUGGCACGGGAACAUCCAGCAGCGAAUGUGUGGACUCAAUUUUUUUUACUAGACUAUGAAUUGCUUCUAAACUGGCACGAGAAUUACGUCCUAAAAUUGGCGUUAACGCUCUUAAAGUUGCAGUCACCGACUCGGAAUUUCGGUUGUAAAUUUUGAUUAUUUGUAAGCGUUGUUAGUUCGUGUACUUCACCAUGAUGAAAAUGUUUUGUCAUUGACAGUUCGGUAAUUGGUUUAAAGGUGCGUUCACAGAGAAAGUUCAAAGUUGUCAAGUCCUUAUUGGAAAACCUGAUAUAUAACUGAUUAAUAUCACAUAAAGCUCUAAUCUGCACAAACCUGAAACUUCAUUUCUUCUUUGAUUACUUUAAAGAGCUUUUCCGACAAAGAUUUUGAAUGGUUACUAGAAUGUCGUUCUUCAGCUGCCCAUUUUAUCAUCAAAAUGUUAAAUAGAUUCGAUCAGCAAAGAACAAUAUUUCUGACAUCGAUAACAGUUUGUGAUGAGACCUCUUGUGAAUUGAACGUUCCUCGAGGAAGCGUCAUUGUUCCACUAUUUCCAAGGAAAGAUCCAUUGUUUCCAAGAAAGCCUCAAGGAAAUAUUAUAAAUCUGAGUGUAAGUUACGUAACUUGAAGCUAAACCAGCGAUUAAAAAACAGUCACACAGCUAGAAGUUGAUGGUUUGGGAAGACUGUUUUCAGUGCGUCUGAAUUCCUCAUUAGGUGAUAUCAUCUUCUCAUGUUUAUGUGGCUACCAGAGGCAUCUUCUGUGAUACCAUUUGAUCAUAAUAUGAAUUUUUUUUGUUGGUAUUGUGUUCAAUGCUUUUUCGUUAUUUUCAGGAGCUGGAGGUGCCCCACCACCGUCUGGCGGCAGCAGUGAAGACGACGAGUUGAAGGACGAGUUGUGAGGUGAUCUCUAGGCAAUAAAAGACUGAAACAAACUGAUUAAAUGAUGGAUGUGUGUGAUUGUGCAUGUGCGCGUGAUUUCCAUUUCGUUGAACGUCUUUCCGUACAACUGUUGUUUUGUAUUAUUUUUGCCUUAAAGGUAAAUUAAUUUAUUAAGUCAUUCAGCACCGACAAGGAAGUCGAACUUUUAUUUAUUGUAAGUUUUUAUCGGGUUGCUCGUCUGUGCUCGAUGAUAGUGAUUUUUUUCAAUAAAAUGAAAAAAUAAAUACAA